UCCCAUCAUCGUCCCCCCACAAACACAAAUUUACGACCAUGAGUUCGUUCGUGGCGACCCCGGGCGCGGGACUCGUGGACACGAAGUUUCCCGCCUGCGUCGAGGAGUUACGCGACGACGAUGAUCAUCAACACCACCACCACCAACACCUCGACCACCACCACCAGCACCACGACCACUACAUCGCCGACCACGACUUCUACGAAAGCGACGAUCUGUGCUCUGCAAACGCAACGGCCACCGCUCCUCCAUUGACUGCGCCGCUAAGGGCUGGAGCCCGACACUUAAAUCGACAAAAUCAUCAUCAUCAUCAUCAGCAGCAGCAGCAGCAAGAGCAGCACCACCAUCAUCAGCAGCAGCAACACCAUCAUCAGAAUCACAACCAUCAUCAUGGCCAUCAUCAAGAUCAUCAUCAGGGCCAUCAUCAUCAGCGGCAGCAUGAUGCUCAUCGGGAUCAUCAGCUGGAUGUGCUUCCCGAUUGUGAUCAGCAACAGCACCACGAUCAUCAUCAUCAUCACCACGAGCAGCACAAACAGCAUCAGCAACACCAGCACAAUAAUCACCACCAUCACCAGCUGCACCAGCAGCAGCAGCAUCAUCAACAGCAUUACAAGCUACAACAGCAGCAGCAACGACAGCAGCAGCCGUCGCAGGCCCCCAUCUACAGCUGCGAGCGAGCUCACGGAGGCGGCGUCUCGGGCAUUCUACCCCGCGCGUCGGCGGACCCCUCGAUCCUUAGCGAGGGGAUAAGCGCUCGGGACCUCGAGUCCCCGGUCCCUUUCGACGAGGGUGACCCCCCUCCUACGGGGGUGGUGCCCGGGCAGCAUCAGCAGCAGCCGCAGCAGCAGCAGCCGCGCGGGGCGAGGGAGGACGCGAUGGUGGUUUACCCUUGGAUGAAGAAGGUACACGUGAAUACAGUGGCUCCGAGCUGCCGUGGAAACGGGGAGCUGAAGCGUGCGCGCACCGCCUACACGCGCUACCAGGCGCUCGAGCUGGAGAAGGAGUUCCACUUCAACCGCUACCUGACGAGGCGACGUCGUGUCGAGGUGGCCGGCGCGCUCUGCCUGAGCGAGCGCCAGAUCAAGAUCUGGUUCCAGAACCGGCGCAUGAAGUGGAAGAAGGACCAUCGACUACCGAACACCAAGGUGAAGGCGACGACGGCGGGCGACUUGCAAGCUGCCUCCGUGACGACCAUGACGAUGACUUAAAGUCGCUGGAUUUUGGUCGGCUGCAGUUGUCGGUCCGUCGUGGGUCGCGAGUGGUCGCACGCGAUCCUAUUUUUCGAUCGGUGUUGGCGGGGAGUAUCGCUGCUGCUGCUGCUGUUGUUGCUGUUGUUGGUGAUGAUGGUGGUGGUGGUGGGUGUGAUGUUGAUGGUGGUGGUAAUGAUGUUGUCAUCGUUUGUUUGAUGAUGAUGAUGGUUGAGAUGGUUGUGCGUGUGAUGUUGAUGGUGGUGAUGAUGAUGAUGGCUGAGAUGGUCGUGCGUGUGAUGUCAAUGGUCGAGUUGGUGAUGAUGAUAUUAUUAUUUUGUUUAUAGCUUAGACGGCUGUACGUGUGUAAAGUUGAUGAUGUUGUUGAUGAUGAUGGCUGAUAUAUUUGCGCACGUGAUGAUGAUGAUGAUGCUGCUGCUGUUGAGAUAUCACUUGUACAGGGUAUAAAGUUCGCUUAGCCAACCCGCACUGACCAGCCUGGUGAAAUAGCUCCUCCCCCAGGGCCCAGGCCCUCAUCCAGCAGUGGAUUUGGCAAAGAGGGCUCCCUCCGUGUCGUUCAUGCGCACCGCGUGAUCGUGGGUACUGCUUGCCAGUGUCAGGGCACUUAUUUAUUCCCAUGAACUGACGCAUACCGAUGGGUACAAGCGUAGCACGGUAUAAUACGUACGCGCAGACACAUACGCACGAGGCGAUACCAAACAACGCGCACGCUACACACACGCGCGCGCGCACGCUUACGUUAUACAUAGAGACACAGCACAGACGCGCGCACACACACAACAACAAUAGUAAGUCAGCACAUUUGGAAUCGCUGCCGUCAUUCAGGGCAGCACAGCUGUAGUUCAACACACUGCACCUCCGAUUAGCACGGGAUUUUUGUUUUUUUUGCUACGUACGGUGCGAAAAAAGUUAAACGUACUGUGUGCACGCUGAGUGCCGUUCCAACCGAUAACAUUUUUUGUCUUCUUUUAACGGCCACCAUCAAGCAAGACGGUGCGUAUUUAUAAUUUUUUAUAUUACUAUAUUAUCGGCAAUGCCAAACACCCGCAGUGAUAACUAGGGCGGCCCGCGAUUUCGAACCGCGAGCCUCGACGGAAAGUGGCGGACUGGCGCACAAUAAGCGCCUACUAAAUUUAAAUGCAACCAAAACAGCAAUCAAUAUAACAUGCUACAAUCACAAAUGUGUCCUGUACGUACCCGUGUUGAAAACAAACUGAUAUAUACACACACACAAACACACACGUGGAAAUAACGAUGCACGCGUAUGAUACAUGCGCGUGCACACGCACGCACGCAAGUAGCGGACGAUGAGACGCUUCAGAGAGGAAUACGCGUCGCCACGUGUGUGUCUGUAAUAAAGUUGUACAAAUGUUGUCAAUCACACAGCUCGCUCGCACACGCACAGCGUACACCGAGCACCGGAUUAUAAGACGCACACCACACACCCUCCCCCACUCCCCCAACUUUUUCGUUAAAAUAACGCAGGGCCGUUUUUACAAUGCGGAGUGAAGGGUAAUUAAAUACACCGCUACACUCGUAUACGAAACACACACACACGUGUACGCAUACAUACGCACUCACCACAUAUACACAUAUACAGUACUUGCAUUCCUCCAAUGGCCUACACACAUUCCUUAAUACACGAGCCUUAGCUCGCAUGGUAUAUAUAUACACAACAAUGUAUUGUUCUUAUAUUACGCGUCGACAAGUCUUUGUCUUGACGAACUCGGCUCGUGGUGACGACGACGAUGCGACGAGCAGUUGCUCGCAGCAGGCGCAGUGUUUGUGUCGGUGUGUGUGUGUCAGUGUGUCUGUAUGUGUCAGUGUCUGUGUGUCGGUGUGUGUGUGUGUGUGUCAGUGUGUGUGUCUGUAUGUUUGUGUAUCGGUGUGUGUGUGUCUGUCGGUGUGUGUGUGUCUGUCGGUGUGUGUUUGUCAGUGUUUGUGUGUCUGUGUGUGUGUGUCUGUGUGUGUGUGUGUCUGUGUGUGUGUCAGUGUUUGUGUGUGUCUGUGUGUGUGUCAGUGUGUGUGUGUGUCAGUGUGUGUGUCUAUCGGUGUGUGUGUGUCUGUGUGUAUGUGUCAGUCAGUGUGUGUGUGUGUCAGUGUGUGUGUGUCAGUGUGUGUGUGUCUGUAUGUGUCAGUGUGUGUGUGUCUGUAUGUGUCAGUGUGUGUGUGUCUGUAUGUGUCAGUGUGUGUGUGUCUGUAUGUGUCAGUGUGUGUGUGUCUGUAUGUGUCAGUCAGUGUGUGUGUGGCCACCCACCCCUCGUGUGUCGUGCCGGCCUUUGUCGGUGCUCGCUAACAGCACUUGCCCCAACAGUCUGUUAAGGCUGUACGGGGGAUCUUUGUCUUUGUGUGUCUUCGUCGUGUCGGUGUGUGUGUCUUUGUCUUUUGAGAAUGUCAGUGUGCCCGCCUUCAUAUGUGCUGGCUAACAGUACUUGCCUCUACAGUCUGUUAAGGCUAUACGGGGGGUCUUUGUCUUUGUAGUGAACGUGUCUUUUUAAGGUGGGUGGCGGUAGUGUGGUGGUUGGCGCGAUGCGUACCCGGCGAGCCGAGUUCGAUUCCCGCUCACAACCAACAUCGGAGACGAUUAUCUGAACUGGUUCUGGGCCUCCCCUAGGUCGACUCAGCCUCAAAUGAUUACCCGGUGACGGUGUGUAAAAAUCAUCGCCACUGGGGAGACGAAGGCGGCCGGGCGUGGUGCUGGCCACCCACCCCCUCGUGUUGCCGUGCCGGCCUUCAUAGGUUCUCGCUAACAGCACUUGCCCCAACAGUCUAAAAAGGUUACACAGGGUAGCUGUAUCUUUGUACGCGAGUGUGCUUGUGUCACACGAGGUGUGUGUGUGUCAGUGCGUGUGUCUGUGCGAGUGUGUCAUUGUAUGCGUACGGAGUGGUGGCGCAGUGGUUAGCGCACUGCGCUACGAACCCGACGACCCUCGGUGGUGGGUUCCCGCUCACGGCCAACAUCAGUGACGAAUAACCGAACCGGUCCUGGGGUCGACUCAACGCGCGUAUAAACAUGGGCGCCAGGGAGACAAAGGCGGCCGGGCGUGGUGCUGGCCACAUCAACCCCGUGGUGCGCCGUGCCAGCGUUCACAAGAUGCUCGCUAAUAAAGCACUUGCCCCGGAAGCCUGUUGAAGGCUACCUGGGAAGCUGUGUGUGAGAUGGUGUUUGUCAGAUCGUGUGUGAGAUAGUGUUUGUCGGAUCGUGUGUGAGUGCGUGUCGGUGUACGUGAGUGUGUGUCGAUAAGUGUGCGCGACUAUUGUGUAUGGCAUGUUGAACUUCUUUCGCACCGUACGUAGCCAACCGUGCUAAUCGGAGGUGCGCGGGGGGAAGGACAACACACCAAACACGACAUAUACUGCCGUCGGAGAGAGUGUGUUGACUUGUGCUCGCUGACAGCACUUGCCCCAACAGCCUGUGGAGGCUACCCAGGGGAUCUUUGCGUGUCCCUGUGAGUGUGUUGUCAAUGUGUGUCGUGUACGAGUACAGUCCAGGUGAGUGUUGUCUCGCUCGCGUUUGCGAGGGUUGUGAGUGUCGUGUGUGAGGAUGCGGCAUCGCCUCAAAGUGCACCUAGCCUGGCACCAGGAUCCGUGGUGACGUCGCCGCCACUUAGUGGCGUGCGUUUGGUUACUUGUUGAUAUUUUUUGCGCGUGAGUGUUAGAACGCUAUAGCGCGUUACAUUAGUGCAUUGGCCGCCCCUUGUAACUUAUUCGUUAUUUAUUUGCUGGUUGGUGUCGUUUGUUGUUGUUGUUGUGAAUAGUUGUUUACUUUAGGCUGCCACUCGGGGCGCUUGGUUGUUGUGAGCACGUGGCCACGUGUAGCGCGAUCACGUGGGUACAACUGAGCAUCCCACAGUGACUGCGUCACAAUAAACGAUGAUGAUGGUGGUGGUGAUGAUGUUAGACACUAGUUGUAGCAAUUGUAAUAGUAUUACUCUGCAAUAUGAAGUAUGCCGUUUUGUGUAAAGACACCUAGCCUGGCACAGACCCCCACCCCGCGUCCCCCCCGGCCCCUGACACAGACAGGGUAUAAAUGUCUCCGAUUCUUGUCGGCGUGUGUUUAAAGGCGUGCGCGUGCAUGCAGGUGAGCGUGAAUAAUCCCGUAAGAGAGUGUGUGUGUGUGUCUUGCGUGUCUCGUGUGUGUGUGUGUUGUCCGUGUAUCUUGUGUAUAUACACGUGUGACGCUCGUGUGUGCGUGUCUGUGUGUAUGUGGGGAGCGGUAGUGUAGUGGCUAGCGCACUGCACUUCGAACCCGGCGACCUGAGUGACGACUAUUUGAAUCAGUCCUGGGCCUCCCCUCGGUCGAUUCGGUCUCAAAUGAGUACCUGGUGUGAUGCGUAAACAUAACCACUAAGGAGAGACAAAGGCGGCCGGGCGUGGUGGCUGCCACCCACCCCCUCGUGUGCCGUGCCGGCCUUCAUAGGUGCUCGCUAACAGCACUUUCCCCUACAGUCUGUAAAGGCUACACGGGGGAUCUUUGUCUUGGUGUGUGUUUUUUUGCUUUGUGUAUGUUGCGCUCGUAUGUCUGUGUGUAUGUUUAUGAUGUGCGCUCCUCGUCUUUCUGUGUGUGCGCGCGUAUGUUCUUUGUUUAUGUGCGCGUUGGUCUCAUGAAUAAUGAAUAAAGCGACAUUAAACACUGAGCUGAGUGCACGUGUCUGCGAAUUCUGGGCGAGAGGCGCCGUCAUUAACGUCCUCAUCAUCAUCAACAUCAUCAACAUCAUCAAGAGACCAUCGAUACUGAUCAUCAUUGUCACAUCGAGCACCAAUGAAAGCCGGCACGUCACCAGGGACAAUCGCCAAUAGCCACAUAAUAAUAAUCAUCAUCAUCAUAAUCCUUAUCAUAGAUCAACUCUGCAAUCAUCAUCGCCACCACCACGGGUCAUUAACAACAAUCAUCAUCAUCGAAAUCGAACAUGAUCAUCCGAGCUAAUUCGCCACGUGACAUCAUUUUCGUCAUAAUCAUACAAACGGCAUCGUCAUCAGCGAUCGUUAUGACGUCUUGUAAUUACCGAUAAUAACCGAUGCUCAGCACGGGCGCAUUAUCGUCAAACAAUAAUGAUCGUCAUCACAAUGAUCACGGAUAGAAUCAUUAUCACGUCAUAAUUACAGAUCGUCAUCAACGCGCCUUGCAGUUACAAAUCAUCACAAUGAACCAUAAAUGGGCAAUCAUUUGGUGGUGGUGAUGGCGGUGGUGAUGACGGUGGUGAUGACGGUGGUGGUGGUGAUGAUGAUGAUGGUGAUGA